CUAUGCAAAUUCCACUCAUCAGCAGUCGUACGUAAACAUGUGGAGUGUUGUGUAGCUAUAUAAAGAUGGUGUAAGAUAACUUGCUCUUAUUUUAAAAACAUUACUUGAAAUGUUAUUAGUAAAUAGUACUUAAAAAGGAACAAGUACUUAAUCAUUUUAAAAAUGAUACCUGGCUACGGCGCAGUGACUCAAGCCCUUUUAGGGACCCUCUUCACGUGGGGUCUUACAGCUGUAGGCGCCGGUUGUGUAUUUUUUAUCAGAGGAAAACAUAGGAAGUUACUUGAUGUAUCUCUUGGAUUUGCUGCGGGGGUUAUGACUGCAGCAUCGUAUUGGUCUCUACUAGAGCCUGCUAUAGAAAUGUGUAAAACCUCUGGAACAUAUGGAGAAGAAGGGCAGUAUGCAUUUGUGCCAGUUGCGGCAGGAUUUUUAUUUGGAGCUGUUUUUGUGUUUGGAACUGAUAAAUUUUUGGAUUACUUGGGCAUCAAUUCAACAAAUAUGAUGAUAACUAUAACAAAGAGCAAAGAUUCAAAGGAGAAGCUGGAGGAUUUGGAAAUGAUGACGGCACUGAACCAGCGGCCGUCGAAUCCGACGAGUGUGGUGACGCUGGAGCAGCCGGCGGAGUUUGCCGACUGUAUCAGCAAUCAGCACACCGCGCAGCGCAGGCGGCCACACCACCACUCUCAUCUCUCAUUGAAAGGAGGCGAGGGUGACGUGGACGAGCGGCGCGACAGCGUGGCGCGCGCGCUGGAGGCGAGGCAGUCCCAGUGGAAGCGUAUUAUGCUGCUGGUGGUGGCCAUCACCGUGCACAACAUCCCCGAGGGUCUCGCUGUGGGAGUGUCCUUCGGUGCUGCCGCAUCCUCCGCUGAAGCAUCAUUCUACAGCGCGAGAAAUUUGGCGCUCGGCAUCGGGAUUCAGAAUUUCCCCGAAGGCCUCGCUGUCAGCUUGCCUCUCCAAGCCGCAGGGUUUUCAGUAUGGAGAGCUUUUUGGUACGGGCAGUUGUCGGGCAUGGUUGAACCUGUGUUUGGCGUGCUCGGCGCGGUCGCGGUGUCUGCUGCGCGGCCCGUGCUGCCCUACGCACUAGCUUUCGCCGCCGGCGCCAUGAUCUACGUGGUAGCCGACGACAUCAUUCCAGAAGCAAACGCAUCUGGUAAUGGUAAACUGGCGACAUGGGGCUGCAUUAUCGGCUUCGUAGUGAUGAUGUGUCUCGACGUGGGUCUCGGCUAAGUACAGCUUGCGCUUACGACCAGCACAAACCUCGCAUCUACGACCACCAGCGCGCCACACCGGACAACCGUACAUUUACUUUACCAAAGUAUCAUAUUCCAUAUAAAAUAACCAAAUUGUAAAUAUGUAAAUGUGCUAGUUAAUAAUUUUAAGAUUGCUGGACUGUUUGUGUGAUAGCUACACAAAUACCUAUAACCAAAUCGCACAAAGCGAGCUGCAAUGAGAUCGAUUGAAUACUUGUUUUUCACAAAUAAAUUGUUCGUAUUGUUUAAUAUUUGAUUGAGACGAAAACUAUAUCUCCAGACAAUGUAACAUUCUAUCUAUUAUGUGUAGAACUUUGGGGCUAGACAAAGUGCAUUCGCUCCGAAGCUAUAAUAAACUUCAAAAAUGUAUAGAACUGAUAAUAACUUUUGAUAAGUCGCGUGUAUCCCGCGUCAGUUCCAUACAUUUUUGAAGUUCGCUAUGGAAUUGCUUCCUAGCGAAUCUUUGUUUAGCCCGCUGGUUAUUUAUUUCUAUAUAUUUUGACAAUUUUUGACGAUUCUAUUACAGAUAUUAAUAGUAUGUUACUUUACUGAUAUAUAAACACGGCUAAACACUCACGCAUAUUCGUCCGGUGGCGGCACCGACUAGUUUCGAGCCCAUCGGGG